AAUUUAUGUAUAUUGAUGAAAUACAUUCACCGAGUCACACGAGCGCUCCCGGCUCCGGCACCGACCGCAUCACGAUGCGCACUCGCGACCCCGAGCUGUGGUGGAAGAGUAUUAAAGAGACAUCUCCGGAUGAGUUUGAGUUACGACUGAGAAGCAGCUUCCGAUACACGAUACGGCAAUAUAUGAGGAACAGUUCUAUUAAAGGAAUCAGAUAUGUCACAGACAGGAGACAUCCCCGGCUGGUGAGAUUUUGCUACGCGUUAGUUAUAUUAAUUGCAACGGUGGGUAUGUGUGUGCUCAUACCUGUCACCCUGAGUUCUUCUGGUCAGAGCAGUCUGUCCGUGAGUCAGGAGUUGGACGUGUUCCCUCUUAGUGAGGUCGACUUCCCAGCGGUCGGUCUCUGUAGCAGUGGUCGGAUCAGUCGAGAGUCUCGUGAUGAGUACGCGGCAUACUUGCACUCUUUAGAUAAAAACAGUACAUUCACUCUCAAUCAAAUCAAAACGAAUCUGUUGGCUUUCCUCGGCAUUAUCCAUCUAAGCGCAUCAACUUACGACCCAAAAUUUUUGGAUUUUUUGAAAGAAAAACUUGGUGAGAUUAAUGUUACAGAUAUUCUCUACCAGCUAUCUCCAAAAUGCGAGCGGUUGCUUCUCCGCUGUGGUUGGGCCGCACGCCGCGUCACAUGUGACAAACUAUUCGGAAUAAGACUCACUGAGUUCGGCUUCUGUUGCAUCUUUAAUUCAAGAUAUCUCUCCAUAGAUAAAAACAACUCAGUGUUCAGGGCGACAAAAACAGGGCCAGACGAAGGGCUUCAGGUGGUCAUCAAAGACAAUUCACAAGACUUUGUAAGACGUGUACGACCUGCUAACGACGUUCAGAUAAUGUUAUUCGAUGGGAACCAGCAUCCGCUGGCUCGUGCUGGUGUGAUCCGCGUCUACUCGUCGGGACGGAACUCAUUCGUGUUCCUCUCACUCCGCGCCCGGAUGAGACUCGCAGACCCUGAACUAGCAGGAUACGAGGACACUUGGCUGGGUUGUGGUUCACGCUCAUGGUCACAGUGUAUCUCCGAGUGUCGAGCUCGGAUGCUGAGAGCGCUCUGCCUCUGCACUCCAUUCGACCAGCCGACACAAACGGUCUGCUCACUGGAACAUCUCGAAUGUUUGGCCAAAUAUAGAGAGAAACUGAAGUACUUUUACCCGGGAGAGGACGUUCAUGAAAGUCUGCGAGAGGAGAAAGCCAACGCUAUUCAUUGCGAGCACUGCAUUCCAAAUUGUAACGUUCAACAUUACUCAGCGCUUAUGGAUGUAGUGCCCUACGGAGAACACAGCUACAAGAUACAUCGAGACAACUUUAUGCAAGGCUUAAAACUCAUGAACACGUCAGUGAUCCGCGUGUAUUUUAGAAACAGCCAACAGGAAAUACAAGUUAUUGAGCUCAACAGACGCUGGUACGAGUCGUUAAUAUCUCACAGCAGCCUGGUGAUGUCCCUGGCUGGCGUCACGGUCGUCAGUCUGACCGAGCUGAUGUUCCACUUGAUCCUGCUGUGGGUGAACACACAUCGCAAGACACCAACGACACCACGGACAGACUACUAGAGGAUACAGUAUUCGAAGGUUACAAAGAACGUUGGCUGAAUUACGAUAUUAUCAUUCCUUUUAAUGUGGUAUGUUAAUGAUUUAAUAAAACGUUCAUACACGCAUGGUACAUAUAUAAUGGAAACAGUCAUGGAUAAUAAAAUAGCUAUGAUUCGAAAAAGAAAAAAUUUUAUUAUAUAAAAAAAAUAUUAUUAAUAAAAAACAAAAAACUAGUAUUUAUAUAGGAACAGUAAAUAACGUAACGACUGAAGCGGCUCUCAACGCUUUAAGAUAUAUGUGAUGUGUUGUUAGAGACUCAAGAUCGGUGUCAAGGAUACUUUAAUAUCAAGCGAGAUGAGAGACGUUUGGCAUUUGAUACGGUCAGCGACACCGCGGGCAUCUGUUGUAUUAGGAAGAGGUCACGCUCUCUGAAUACUAUUGGAAUAAUGUUUUAUUGAGAGCUUAGGAAGGAAUUAAUAAUUGGAGUCUCGUUUAAAAGGACACGAGCUAUUUAUUACCUUGUGACCGAAUUUCAAGCUGUUUUUCUUAUAUUAAUAACGAAACCAAACCACUAUAUUUGCUUUUAAAUAUCUUUAUUAAUGAUUAAAAUGAAGUAAAAUGUAUUGUAUUAGCACACCGGCUAUUGAAUAAUGAUUCAAAUCUACAAAGCAAUUCUAGUAAUGAGUCCGGUCGAAGAACCUUCGAUUCUAAAAUAUGGGAGUGAUGUAAAUUUUAAUGUUGAUUUAUUUUUAUCUUCAUUGCCGAAUAUAAGUUACGAAAAUCAAAAACUAUUUUUUGGGAAUCUUUUUUAUUGUGAAGUUCUUUUUAUUUCCAUUAAAAGUUUAAUGAGGAUACACAAAUGCAAAUAUAGAAAAUUAUAUGGAUGAAUAACGGUCCACUGUAUUUUUAGAAGCCUCGGUCUAGAAGUCAUCAUAAUAAGGUUUAAGUGAUUUUGUAACAUAUAAUUAGUAGUUAUUAUAAACCUGGUCGUUGGGUAUUUCAGUUGAUAAGACGUCUGUCGGUGAGCCGCCGGUGAUGGACGGUAUUACCUGUAUUUUACAUAUGAAUAUGUUUAACAAUAGAAAAGCCAUUAAAUUAUUUGUUGGUACCACA